CCGAGGCACCGAAGAUUUCCUGUCAUCGUUCAACGGGCUCAAAGUUGCCAGCAGUUGUGUUUGCCGCGAGUGACCAGACGAUAAUGCAGCGCGACCGUUUGGUGUUUGUCAUUCAUUGAAAGCUCGCUGGAUUUUUUUUUCCCAAAUUCAUUUUGAAUAGCAGAGUCAAACGACUGUUGAAUAUAGUGUACUGGGAUUGCUUAACUUUAGAAGAAAAUUUUUUUAAAAUCGAACCGUAAGUUUUUGAAUUUAUUACUCUUAAGAUACUCUCUUUAUGGCUGAGUUGUUGACUUAUUUCUAGAGGUUUGACUAUGGUGUACGUGUAGGCUAUGAUAAACAAUCAUACAGGUAAUUUUCCCUUCAAACAAGAAUGGCCCGGUAAACAAAGAAAUGGGAGUGAUCGUUUUGAGACAUAUUUAGAAUCCCACGUGACUUCAUAAGUUGGAAUUCUUACCAGGUUCCAGGGCAGGAAUCCACACCAGGAGUCGGAGUAAAAUUGAGCUGCCAAGAAGGAACUCAUCUGUCAUAUGUUUUAAGACAUAGCUUUAAAAUCACCGAUUUGAGAUUUUUAAAAUGUAAAUAAAGUUUAGGCCUAUGUUACAAAAUGUUAACAAAUACAACAUAAAGGCUUCAGUGGUGCGUGACGAGCUAUCGUAUUUCACGUGUACAGAAAUACUUUGUAGGGUGUGGACCAAGUAACAAUGUUUUAUAUCAUCUACAGGGAGUCGUGACCGUCUAAGACAGACUACAAGGUGAUAGACGACAUUCAACAGCUCUGGUACUAAAUGAACUUGAUAUAAGACCACAAGGCGAUAGACGACAUUCAACAGUUCUGGUACUAAAUGUAUUUGAUAUAAGCUGUAGACCUUCAGCGGGUGAUCAGAAAUGUUUCUUCCUGGACGACAUAUAGGUCAACGCAUGCAGAACAACUGGACGUCGGCCGAGCUUUUCUGAGGACAUUAUUGGAUAUCAACGACAGAAAAAAAAAUGAAUAACAUUACUGACAGGAAGUGCCGUGAUUAGAUCAGUGGUCCUCAAACAGAAAAAGCGGACCAUAAACAAUGUAUAAGUAUAAGCGCAACAACAACUUUAGAAUCCAGUCCGAUGCUUGAGUUGUCUACUGGUGCUUGAAGCAACGGCCAAGGAAGCUUCUCCGCCAUCGAGGUUUCUAUCCUCUAGGUCCUUCUUCUUGAUCUGAGCCAAGUUAGUUUGGGUGUUCCGUGGUGACGUUCCACACGGGGCUGUUCAUCCGCGUGCUUUCCUGACAAGUGAGUGGCGUUGUAUAGAAGUGACCAAGACACGGCCUGUGAUGCGCACGUUCUCUUAAUGGGCCCGUAAGGUUAAGAAAUCAUUUCCACGGCCAACAGUGGGCCGGACAAGGAUGGCUUUUAGGGAGGACGUUGGCUGGACGACUAACAAAUAAAUGAUAGUAAAUGGAUGUGAGUUCGUCGCUGAGAAACCAACGAACUGUCCCCACCAGUCCCAGGGCACAACUCCAGGGCCACGUCACGGAGACUGAGGGCGUCGCAGCCAGUGGGAGUAACGGAGUGCAGAGGAGAAACGAGGUAAGGGUGGUGGUCGCAUUCAAACUUCUAGAAUGCGAUGCCUAUUAAAUAAUCUGCUCAGAGUGGAUGCACCCCCCCCCACCCGUGGUGUUCGUUUUGUCAUUCUGGUGGGAUACAUCUCUCGGUACAUGUGUUUGUUGUGUGGCUUUUCUUCCACAUUGCGUACCAGCUAGAGAUACAAUACAAUUCACUGCCUAAUAUUUUUAAAGCCUUAAAACCUUUACGGACAAAAGAUCACUUUUUAAGGACGCAUUGAUCAUAACAUUUUUUUUUUUAAAACUAUGGACCUAAAAACUCUUAGAAUAUCCGUGGCGCAUAGAAAUAUAUAUAUUGGGUGCCCGUAAGAAAAUAUAUACCAGUAUAUACUAGGUGCCGAUAAAACUAUAUUUAUCAAUUAUAUACUGGGCAGUUCAUACAAUUUCGGACCUUCUGGUAUAAUUUGAAAUAAUUAUUUUUUAAUUAUUUUUUUGGGGUAACAUGUAAUAAAUAUGGUUAUUUUCUGAACUGUCAAUCCACCAGGAUGAAAGAUGAACACAAGACAAUCUAUUUAGUCUUUGAGGAGAUAAAUGACUAUUUUAAAAAUUUAGGUGAUUAGUGUAGAGUUGAGGAAAUAUAGCAGUCAAGGAAACAUGGUCCGUGUAAAAAAAUGUAAUCAAUAAAACUUUAGUAACACAGGUCAGACUCGAUCUACCACAAAUAUAUAUAUAAUGAUAAAAUAGUUGAUAAAUGCUUUUUAAAAUUUUUUUAAAUAAAAAAAAACAAUCAAAUACGACUUCAUUGCAGAGGAACGGAAAGCUGUAAAUGUUAAUGGUCAACAGAUCAAUGGUCAACAGAUCAAUGGUCAACAGAUCAAUGGUCAACAGAUCAAUGGUCAACAGAUCAAUGGUCAACAGAUCAAUGGUCAACAGAUCAAUGGUCAACAGAUCAAUGGUCAACAGAUCAGAAAACACAAAAAUGACCCCCCCCCCUCAGAUUUCAAAGCAUCGAUGAUUGACACUUAAGGAGCCGUCCUUCGUGUAUUGAUGUUGUGAACAACCACACUACCUUCACUUUGAUUGCUGUUCACAGAGCCUUGAGAGUGAAGUGCAAGAUCUCAUCAUCACAAAAUGUACUCGUGAUGGUGAUUUUUUUUUUCUUGGAAUCGAGUCCGUUAUUGUUCUGAAAGAUCCUACAUCGACAACUCUGAUAAAAGGAGCUUAAGUUGUGUAGAAUAAUAAUCUAAACUUUUCAACCAAUCUGUUCUUUAGGUAGGCCUGUACAAUAAGUACAUUUCAGUUUGCAAACUUUUCUUCAAAUAAUUAUCAUAAUGCUUCAUGACUGGAAAUGAGAUUCGCACAGUAUCUGAAAAAUUGGAGCUGAUGUAGGGAAAGCUGAAAAACAAUCAAUCAUUAAUGUUUACCGUGAAAGUUCAGCCGCCAUGCUGAACAAGGGAGCUACACCUUAUUUAAAUCAAACGUGUUCGGCAGGACGGGGCUGAAUAGUUCAUUCGUUGUUUUAAUGGCUUCACUAGACGGUCAAUAGUGUGUGUGUAUUGUUACCAACUUAUUCCUAAGUGAGUUUAGGGUUCAAAGUUCAAAUUACUAAUGAAAGGCGAGGCACAAAUCAGAUAUCUCAGUACAGAUAUUUAAAAAAAUGAUGGAAAACAACUUCAAAGAAGCUCAGCCAACACUUACUUACAACACUUUCUUUUCACACACAGAAAAUAAAGCAAUUUGAUUUAAUUUUUUUUAUUUAAUUUUUUUAAAUACAUUUUUUUGAGGGGCCGGGGGUAAGCGUUAAAUCUGUAUUUUGUGUUCAAGUCUUACUUCCACGCCAAGAUGUUAAAACACCCAAAAAAUCGUAUUAAAGGCAGUUUAAAAAGUUUCUUUUUUUUUUUUUUUUUUUUUUUUUUUUUUUUUGAAGGGAGGAGGCUGGGAAUAAAUAAUGAUGUGAACAGAUGAUGCUGAAUAAAUUGUGUCAAAUCACAAUGAAUAAAGUGUUCUAAAUCGCACUGUGCUCUUUUUGUCUCCCACUGUCCGAUUGACGGAGAUCGAUCAACUGAAGGGUGGGCAAACGUUGUUUAUUUUUUUUUUAUUAAUAUAGUCUGCAUACAUUAGGCUUUUAAAACUUAUGUCGUUAUGUUUUUAGUUUUAUCUAAUCUAAAAUUAACCAAUUCUGUGUUUCAGUAAUGACAUAUUCUACCACUACCAGCCCAUAACCGUUUUCCACUACCAGCCCAUAACCGUUUUCAUUUUUUUUUCCCCAUUUGCAGUGGCGGAAAUCAUUGACUUUGUCAUUAGACCGGAAACGUCCAGCAAGAGAUGGGCCCGAUGAUCUGGACGAGUCCAUACUGCCUCCCAUCUCCAGACUCUCCGGCCACCCGCCGGACACCGGGCAGACUGUCAAAACGAAACCGGACUCGCCAAGGGGCCACGGGCCCACCAACGGCCACGUGAGACACCACCACUCAACGUUCCGAACGCCUCGGCAGAGUGAGGCGGCCGGUCCGAAGGCGUCCUCAAAACUCCAGGGCGGCCCGAGUUUGACACGAGACGCCUUUGGGCUCACCAUACCCAACCCCGUUUCGCCCCGCAGCUUUCUGGGACACACGGGCCAUAACUCGCCCCCGACGACAUUCGACUGGCGUGACGUCAGAAACAGGAUCGCGUGGUCGCCAGAGAGGAGUAAGCGUUCGGAGUGGAACAGAUCGUUCCCAGACCUCUCUAAACACAAGCCGAAGCAGAAAGUCAUGAAAUUUUUAGCAGAGGAUAAUUCUGUGCAUCUGUCUCCGUCAAGGGACAGAAUCAGGAUAUCUCCCCCACUGGGCAGAGUUACUCCGCAUUGCCAGUUGAAAGAAACUAGAAGUCCGGCUGUCAAAAAUGGCGAGAAAAUGAAGUCUUUUGCGGAGCCGUUUUCGAUUCGCUCAAAGAUUGAACAGUUUCGCAAAUGGCACGAAGAUCAAUUCAUGGAAAAACUGACGCGGUUAAAAUUAGAAACCGGAAGCGGAAACGGUUUCCACGAGCCGACGCCCAAUUCACUACCUCACUCUGGGACAGAGAUCACGAAAAUCAUUGAAACAAGUUGUGUUGAGAGUGGCCCAAAGGCUACCCCAGUUGGUGAUGACAUCGAGUCGUCCCAGCACAUCUCGUUAACAGACACACAAAACCCUCUUGCUGAUACGCCAAUGGGAGAUGGGGUGUUUGGGUCAGUCGUUGAUAGAGAUAUCUACACGAACUUAGAGAAUGACGCCACAUCCGACCAGCAUCCCGUGCGCCCCGUGACGUCAGUGACGUGGAAAACCUGGCGUGACGUCAAUGUGAGUGACGCGUACUGCAACGUGGAUAAGUACAUCCGCGACAACGAUCUCAUGGACGAGGAGAGAGAACAGUGGAUUCGAGUGUGGAUAACUAAUGUGCAAUCCGCCAUGGCGCAAAUGGAAGAUGUGACCCGAGACGCUUCGGACUGCGCUUCGUGAGGGACAUGUGGAUACUGGAUGGUGAUCCAUCAGGCUCAGGGACCAUCGAGGGGCAUGUGGAUGCUGGGUGGUGAUCCAUCAGGCUCAAGGGACCAUCAAGGGGCAUGUGGAUGCUGGAUGGUGAUCCAUCAGGCUCAGAGACCAUCGAGGGGGAUGUGGAUGCUCGGUGGUGAUCCAUCAGGCUCAGGGACCAUUGAACGCAAACCUUAAAGGUCACGUUUUAACUAAACUCCAUUAAACUGUAAGAGAGCAGAAGAUGUUCAUUCAUUCACAGACAUAGUAAAGUAACAUGGAAUAUCAGUGCUUGUCUUCUUUAUUCUUUAGGAGUGAUAUAUGCAGGGCGUCUAUCUCCCCCCUCCCCCGAGUGAUGAAAGCCAACCCCCC